AUGCGUCCACCACAAAGAAGAGUAAAUUACAAGAUUAGAGACAAAGUGGAAGUAUGCAGUAAAGAAGAAGGGUUUGUUGGUUCCUACUUUAAAGCUACAAUUGUUUUGUGUCUUCAAAAUGAGAAAUUUGUGGUUCGUUACGAGAAUCUAUUGUUAGAUGAUGAGUCUGAGCCUCUCACAGAAAUAAUUUAUCGAAGAGAACUUCGGCCAUUACCACCACGUGUUCGCAAUUCAACCAAAUUCCAUUUCAAUCAAAAAGUAGAUGUUUUUGAUAACGAUGGUUGGUGGUUAGGAGAAAUCACAAGUGAAAAGAUCCUCUUAGAAAAUUAUUAUUAUUACAAGGUUUACGAUAAAAUGCCAUAUACAUUAUACCGAAUCCCCAAUUACAGAUGUAAUAUUGCUGAUUCGGUAGUCUCUGCAUCCGCAUCAUACUGCAAUUGCGGUGUGAUUUGA